UAAUUCAGUACUCUCGUCAACGGACGCAGCCAUGCUCGCAGAUACCUUCCGCAAUGCACUUUAUAGACCCGAGUGGUCAGCAGACGGAGACGAGGACGAAGAACUAAAAAGACGGAAAUUAGGAGAGUCGUUACUCCAACGUCAAUUAGCAGAAGAUGGCACGUCCGUUAAACACACGGAGAGAAGACCAACUAAGAUAAGAACCGUAGCCGAAAUAGAAAGCAGAGCUAUCCUUGAGAAUAUCCAGCCCCAAAGUGCGAACAUUUAAAAAUACAAAAGACGAAGAAGAAAUAGGAAUAGGAACGAACAAACGAAUGGUUUUGUUUUUUUUUUGUUCCUUGACUCGAUUCAAUUUUGACAUCUGUAUCAUUAACCCAUACUCCUUUCCUCAUUUACUCCUUUCCAUUUACAUUAAUGUGCACGUACACAAUUACAACAUCAUCCCCUUUAUAAACCACUUCACUUAUACACAAGCAUUCCCUCUCUCUCUCUCUCUCUGUCUCUCUUUUUUUUCCAUUUCUUUAUUUAUUUUUUUAUAUACGCGCAGGUUAGUUAUAAAGAUGUAGAAUAUAAUAUAAUAAAAUAAAAAAGGGGCACACACACAUAU